UCGCCGGUCGGUGAUUUCGAUUCUGGUCAUCUGUGCAUUACUGACACUGACACGGUGCCGCAAUCAGAAAAAGCGACAGAUACACCCCAAUGUGUACCUACCCCGUUGCAAAUUCGACGAGGGCCUGAUCAAAAACGAUGCCAGGCUCUACGAAAAGAUACAGGACUCGCGUUUCUGUUUCACCGGGAAAGUGACCAACGACAUAGUCGUCACAAACAAAACGGUGCGUUUUAGUGUUGUUGUUAGGAGGUUUUUUAAACAGCCGGACGGCUUCAGGAAGGAUACGGUGACUGUGUCGAGGUAUUUGCACAAAGAUGAAGGCGUUAAGUGCAGGCAGAUUAUACGGCCCAAAUUUACCGCCAUAUUUAUCGGGGACAAGCCGGAAAAUAGUGAGAAUGUGGAUAUCGAACUCAACAUUGUGCCAUUGCCAGUUACACUCACCAACCUGGAUAGAGUCAGUUAUGCCUCUAAAGACGUUGAAGUCCCGAGCCCAACAUCCGAAGAUGCACAAAAACCGUCGUUCACGAUGAAAACUUACUCAGAGACUGAGAUCACUAAAAACACGAAUAAUUCCAAAGACGGGACAGCAAAUCUAAUGCAUAAACCUAGACAACACCCUAUUGAAGGUACAGAAAACCAUUUGGGAAUGGUACACAUUAAGGGUCUGCCAAACUAUCCUGAGCCCUGCGAGAAGACUUACUGCGCUUGGGGUGCCCACUGCAUCAACGGUCCGGACGGACGAGCAUUGUGCCAAUGUCCCACGUACUGCAAACAGAAGGUGGAGCUGGUGUGUGGUACGGACGGGAAGACUUACGCGAAUCAUUGUCAGCUACGCGUCGCCUCCUGCAAGGCGAGGCUCAACACCAGAGUCCGGCAUGUCGGCGAAUGCGAACAAAACGACCCGUGCCGAGAAAAGCAAUGCGGUUUCGGGGCACGUUGCGUAGUUUCGUCCGACGGCCGUAACGCAAGUUGCGUGUGUCCGGACAAGUGUCCGAGCUACGGGGAUCACACCACUUCGAGGCCGGUCUGCGGCUCCGACGGCGUCGACUACAAGAACCAGUGCGAGCUGCAGAAGGCGGCGUGCACCGCCAACACAAACAUCACCAUCAAAUUUCAGGGGAAAUGCGAUCCUUGUGCCGGUGUAGAAUGUUCAGAGCCGGAAGUGUGUCAACUAGAUGAACAUAGAAACCCUGUGUGCAGAUGCGGCGAUAGUUGUCCCUUGGAGUUUACGCCGGUCUGCGGAUCGGAUGGAAAAACGUAUUCGAAUGAGUGUACUUUACGACAAGAGGCUUGUCGGGCCAGGAAGACUCUUAAUAUUAUUUACAGGGGGAAAUGCAGCUCAGGAAUAAACCCGUGCACGAGCGUCCGCUGCACGUUGGGCGAGGAAUGUGCCAUAAACAAAUUCGGCAUCGCCCAUUGUCAGUGCCCGCCCGGCUGCGAGCCGGUCAUGAGACCGGUGUGCUCGAAGGACGGACGCACGUACCCGUCGGAGUGCGAGGUGAAAAGGGCCGCGUGCAUGGCCCGCACCACGAUCGAGAUCGCCUACAGCGGCGUGUGUGGCGAGAAAGGUCCUUGCAGCGAUCACGAAUGUCAAUACGGCGCUAGCUGUGUGGAACGUUCAGGUAAAGCGCUCUGCGAAUGUCCCGUGUGUCCGUCCGAGUUUCGACCGGUAUGCGGAUCGGACGGGAUCAGCUACGGGAACGAGUGCAAGCUGAGACUGGAGGCCUGCAAACACCGUAGGGACAUUGCCGUCCUCUACGACGGACCUUGUAAUGGCUGCGAAAAUAAAAAAUGCGACUUUUAUUCGGUCUGCGAAAGCGACGGGGUAUCGGAGGGCAAAUGUGUUUGUCCCCAAUCGUGCAACGACGCAAAGCUAAACAACGGGUCUGUAUGUGGUACAGAUGGUGUAACUUACGCAAAUGAAUGCGAACUUCAUAUGGCCUCUUGCAAAAUGAAACAAUAUAUCCUUGUAGCGUACAAAGGAAAUUGCGAUUUAUGUCAAGGCGUGGAAUGUAAAUAUGGGGCCCGAUGCGAGGCGGGCGAUUGUGUGUGUCCUACAAAUUGCGAAGGAUCGGGUGAUGAACCAGUCUGUGCAUCAAAUAUGGUCACAUUUAAAAACGAGUGCGAAUUACAGAAGGCCAUGUGUUUACUUCCUGCUAACUCGAGGCCUUUGAACGUUGUUUUUUACGGCGAUUGCCGGGAACGUUUUCCAGUGGCAGGAUCUGUCAGCACAUCAUCGCCAACAUUUACCGUGCAAACCAUUGCCCCGAGCGGAACCGAUUUCGAUACCCUGGGCCCGGAGAACACAGUUCCGGACAACGUGAACUCGGAACGGGAGGCAUGUAGGGACAUUCGUUGCGAUUUCGAGGCCACUUGCGAGUUGGGCCCUGAUAAUUUUCCUCGGUGCACUUGUCAAUUUGAUUGCGCUGCCGCAUCGGUUACUUCGAACUCGAAGCCCGUUUGUGCAUCAGACUUGAGGAUAUAUCCGUCUGUGUGUGCCAUGAAGAUGGAGGCAUGUCAAAGGCAAGAGGAAUUGCGAUUGAGACCGCUAGAACUUUGCCAAGGCAUGGAGGUGAAACCUUGCAAAGGUGAAAAACCCCUAACAGACCCGACAACAGGCAAAGAACUGGACUGUGGCAACGGACCUUUCAGACAGGACUGCCCGUCCGGCAGCUACUGCCACCAGACCAACAAGUUCUCGCGUUGCUGCAAGAAAGAUCACAACUUCAUCGAGCAAAAGAGCUGCGAGGACAGCUGGUACGGCUGUUGCCCCGACGGCAAGAACGUGGCGCAGGGUCCCAACCACGCCGGUUGCCCCUCGUUGUGCGGCUGCAACAAGCUGGGGUCGUACUCGGAGGUUUGCGAUCCGGAAACGCAACAGUGCAGGUGCAGGCCGGGCGUCGGCGGCGCCAAGUGCGAUAGGUGCGAACCCGGAUUCUGGGGACUGCCCAAAAUCUCGUCCGGCUACAGGGGAUGCAUACCUUGUGGCUGUUCGUCUUUCGGUUCAGUAAGGGAUGAUUGCGAACAAAUGACUGGAAGAUGUGUUUGCAAGCCGGGAGUGCAAGGACAAAAAUGCACGGUUUGCACAAGCCACAAUAAAGUAUUGGGUCCCAACGGAUGUGUCUCAGCGGAUCUAACCACUACGCCCCCUACGACGUGUAAAGAAUUGACUUGUUAUUUCGGAGCUGCAUGCGUCGAAAGGAACGGCUUCGCCAUUUGCGAGUGCCACACAAAAUGCCCCGAAGACACCGAUUCACAAGUGGUUUGCGGAAGUGACGGGCAGUCGUAUUCGUCGUCUUGUGAGCUGCGACAGGUCGCAUGCAAGUUGCAAAAAGACAUUGUCGUACAAGCGUUCGGCACUUGUAAAGAAGACAUGUUUCCGAGUACCGAUUGGCCAAUACGGCGUUACACCCCCCUGCAAUUCACUCAGCCAGAUGAAUCGAACUCUCCUCUCUCGAAAUCAACAAGGCACUUGCUUGUACCAGAUCCUAGAUAUUACUACGAGAGAAGUGGCUCGAUCAUACGACCUAUACAUGGUGUCUCAUAUCCUGCUGAAUCGGAUAACAAAGCCAUUUCUGAUAUAAAUGUUUCCGAUGCUGGCCCAAAUGUCAUAUACAACACCCGUGGUAAUUUCGCUUCGGCGUAUCGUCCAACCCCAGCGACAGUUAGAGUAGUAACAGCCCUUUUAGGAGAUUUAUGUUCUGAUAAUACAGACUGUGUUAUAUUGAACAGUCACUGUGUUAAAGGGGCAUGUACAUGUCUUCCUGAUCAUUCAGAAUCAUCCGAUAGACAAGAAUGCAUAGCAAACCCCUUAACUGUGGACGAGUAUCGAGCAUGUGUAUCAUCCCCAUGUCACCACUUUAGUACAUGCAUUGACCUGCCCGGUGCAACUUUUACAUGUGUUUGUAAUGUAAAUUACACCGGAACAUUGUGCGAGUCGGAAAUUAUCAGAAAACAAUACGAAGUCCCCGCAUUUCAUGGCAGGUCUUACGCGAGACUAAAACCCCUGAAAGCCUAUCACAAACUGAGUAUAGAAGUUGAAUUUAAAUCGCACACUUACGACGGAAUAAUAUUGUAUAAUCAACAAAAAUUUGAUGGUCUCGGAGACUUUAUAUCUCUGGCUUUAAUAAAUGGGUUUGUUGAAUUUAAAUAUAACUUGGGGAAUGGACCGGUUGUCAUAAGAUCUUUAGAUAAAAUACAACUUGGUAAUUUUCACCGAGUUAUUUUAAAGCGAUAUCAUAAAGACGGAGUUCUGAAACUAGACGACGGGGAAGAAGUAGCAGGACAAGCCAUUGGCUCCUUAAAAGCCCUCGACUUAUUAGAGGACACAUACAUUGGAUACAUUCCGACCAAUCAUACUCGGGUAUACGACAACAUCGGUACGAACAAGGGCUUCAAGGGUUGCAUAAAAAAAUUGAAAAUAGGCCGACAAGAAAUCGAACUGCAUAUGAGCAGACACGAUUGGGUGUUAAAAACAAAAGGAAUCCACGAUUGUAACGAACACGCCUGUAGCAUAUCGCCGUGCCUGAAUAAUGGAAAAUGUCUGGCGGUUGAUGAGUUAUAUCGUUGCGAGUGCAACGCACAUUACAACGGCGAGUUUUGCGAAAAACCCAACGACCCCUGUUCAUCCAGUCCGUGUCAAUUCGGCGCCACUUGCCGCGUCGUCAAUCAGGAUUCGUAUUACUGCGAUUGUCCGUUGACGAGAUCCGGGGACCGUUGCGAGAUAGGCGAAUCAGGGGAUAAGGACAUAAAAAUACUUACUCCUGAAUUCAACGGAUCCAGUUUUAUUCAGUUUCCACGAUUGGAAGGUAUUAAGAAGACAUUUUCAAUUGAAAUUUUCUUCAUGCCUAAAGCAGCUAAUGGCCUAAUUCUGUACAACGGUCAACUGAAAAACGGACGGGGCGAUUUCAUUUCGUUGAAUUUAGCUCGUGGCCACCUACAAUUUAGAUUCAACCUUGGCAGCGGCAUUGCAAAUUUAACGAGCAAAGAACAAGUUACUAUUGGAAAAUGGCACUGGGCUCGUAUAUCUCGAGACGGGAGGGAAGGAAUUUUACAAUUGGAUAAUUCUAGCAUAGUUCGCGGUUAUUCCGGUAAACCGCUAACAGAACUUAAUCUUGAUUCGCCAUUCUACAUCGGAUCAUUAGCCUCUUGGAAUCAGCUGCACCGACUUUCCGGAGCGUCGAAAGGUUUCAGGGGUGCCGUACAGAAGGUUUUGAUCAACGGAAUUCAGAUGCCCAUUUCUAGCACGUUUAAUCAUUGUUCAACGAAAAAAUCAAACGGUAGUUGUAGCCAUAAUGUGGGGGUGUAUGAUGGUUUGCCGUGUCCCGUCUCCAAGAAUCCCUGCAUGAACAACGGAAUUUGUGUGCCGGAACUCAGCGAUUUCAGGUGUAAAUGUCUGUCGAAUUUCAAGGGAAAAUACUGUGAAUUACAGCAAGAAGAUACUGUCGCCAUCAAAUUCACUGGAUCUACUUAUCUGCAGUAUAAAAAUCGAGGAUACAGGAGCGUCAAUAGCACUGAUGAUGAUUAUACUAACACUGAAGAUGACGUCGACGCUUUAGACGAAGAGGAAAUUACUAACAAUGAAACUUACGAUACUGACUCAGAAAUCGACGAUUUUGACGACAUAGAAAACGACAUCGAUUCGAAGCGUCCAGAAAGGGGCAACAGGUACGAAGUCAAGGUGAAGACGUUCGCAUCAAACGGUCUGAUCCUGUGGAGGGCCAAGAACCGCAACGUUUUGGAGGACUACUUCUCAAUAUCCAUUGUUGAUGGUUUCCCGGAGUUGAGCUACAAUCUCGGAAAGCAGGACAAGUUUUGGUUCAUAAGGUCCAAGACUAGAAUUGAUGAUGGACAGUGGCACACGGUCCAAGUCAGGAGGCGGAAAAGGGUUGGAUUCAUUUCAGUCGACGGUGGACCUCCGACAAAAGGAAUCGCCAAGAUCGGUGCAAUUUCGCUUAGAACCAACUCCAAAUUGUGGAUAGGUGGAACUUCAUCCUUGCCAACAGGGUUACCAUCCUCAUAUUACAAAGGCUUUGAGGGUUGCAUUCAAUAUGUAUUAGUUAAUAGGAAUCCUUUAGACAUGUUAGCAAACAAUGACUUGAACAAAAUUCAAUUUUGCCAUGAUAAUGAAAUAUAAUAUUAAUUAUAUGUACUUCAUUGCAUAUUGAUAUACAAUAUGAUAAACCUGUGAGACUGAAUCAUACUCCUAACUUUUCCAUUUAAAUAGCUUAGAUUCUAUAUACAGGCUUAAUGUUUUUGUUGGAACACUAUUUGUGUAAUCGGUAAAUGUUUAGGAAAAAUAAUUAAUUAAUGUAAAAUGGUGUUCCAAUGAACAGGAGAUUAUGUGUAUAUUAUUGUAUAUAGAUGACUAUUUUAUGUGAGAAAGUUGUUGCGUUCAAAAAUUGGGAGUAAGGAAAUGAAAACAAUAAUAGAAGUAUUAAGUAUUCUUACAAAUAUUCUGUAUAUCUAGUCUUAUAUUAAUUUUUUUACCGGACUAUAGGUUUCGUUUACCAGACUAUAUACACAUACUAACCAUAUUCUUUAUAUUGAUAUAACUAACCAUCAGUUUAGCCGGAUUUGUUUUCUACUUAAAAGACUAUUUCUGACAAUACUUUUUGUACCAAUCAAAUUUUACCUUAUAUCAAUAAAACGAGUAACUUUGUCGGUGCCAUAUUUCAAAAUUACGUCUAAUUUCGUCUAAUCAACGUUUAUUUAUUCCCCCUAGUUUAAUGUUUAGAUUAGUUGUAGUACAAAUGACAUGAAUUGUUUUUGUUUUAUAUUUCUAGAAUAUUUUGUAAGAUAUUCACGUCGAGUAGCCAAACUGUCGUUUGUAUAUUUCUAAAUGUAGAUAGAAAAUGACGUGUGUUCAUCCUUCCAUUAAAAAAAAAUUAUGAAGCAAUCAUAUUAUAAAAAAAUGGCCAUAAUAAAUGUUUGUUCCACAAAUCCUAUCUAUAUAAAUGGAUGCUAAUCUGUUCUACUGUAAUUUAAAAACAUAUCGAUGAAUUACAUUUCAUUGACAAAUAUAUCAGAUAUAUAUAUCAUGAAGUUAAAAGAUUGUUCAUAAGCUUUAAUGUUAUGUAAAUAGCUUAAAUAGAAUUAUUUUAGGUCAUGUUAAUUUUUAGAUAUAUAAAUAGAUCAAAUAGAUAAAUUAACAAUAUUUGUAAUUUCCCCUUAAGUAUUAUUUUAUCUUAUAGAUUUCUGUAAUAUAAUGCUG